AUGCGCUGGAUUUGGGUUUUCAUUGUGCCUGUGGCACUGUUGGUGAUGGUCAUGCUUUUUCCUGGAGACAUCUGGAGGACUGAACAGAAGAAUCCUGGAUCAGUGAGAGGAACGUCGAGAGAAUGGAUGAUCCGAGCCAAACGCUAUACGAUCAACCCUUUGGGCUACAAGUGGCACCACUUCAACGUCACCUACAAGAUCACAAAGUUUCCCAACACACUGAAUAAAGAUGACACUCGUAAAGCCAUCGCUAUUGCCUUUACCAAAUGGAGUGACGUCUCACCUCUGACCUUUACUGAAGUCACCGACCCUGACAAGAGUGCGGACAUUGUUAUAGGUUUCUACACGUUUAACCACACAGACUGCUGGUGGUCUCCACUGCACCCCUGCUUUGAUGGGCUGAAUGGUGAACUGGCUCAUGCCUUUCUGCCCCCGCGGGGCGAGAUCCAUUUCGACAAUCAUGAGUUUUGGAUCCUUGGCAAGUCUCGCUUCAGCUGGAAACAAGGUGUGUGGCUGAAUGAUCUGGUUCAGGUAGCAGCUCAUGAGAUUGGACAUGCUCUCGGUCUGUGGCAUUCCCGUGACCCAAGUUCACUGAUGCACCCUAAUGCCACAUACACCGGGCAGCGAGAAAUCUCUCAGGAUGAUAUCUGGGGCAUUCAGCGUCUUUAUGGCUGUUUGGAUAAGAAGCGAGUGUGUGAUCCGUGGGCUCGGCUGGGUUUCUGUGACAGGAGAAGAAGCUUCAUGAAAAAACACUGCCCUCAGCGCUGUGACCUGUGUUAUGAGCCUGUGGACGCUGGGUCUACAACCACUCCUCCUCCUGCCAACGUCAAGAUCAAAAUGGUACUUCGAGGAAAAAUUGUGGGCUUCCGCUGUGGCACCAAAAAUACCAAAGCGUUUCCAAAAGUCAGAUGGUAUAAGGAUGGAGAACAGCUGCUAAACUCCAUUCCCGGCUACAUCUCCAUUAAAGAUCGAAAUCUACGCAUUGUUGCCAAUGAAUUUAACGAGGGAACGUACACCUGCCAGAUCCACCAGCAUGGCACCGUCAUUUCAGCGAACUCGUGGUCCAUCCGGCUGAAACCAGAGCGUUCUUCCAACAACAGUUGA